CUUCAAUCAAGAGUUCGGGAUCAAGCUACUGAUUCCUCCUCCUGGGUAGUCAGUUGCCAACAAAGGUCCCUCAUCUGUCAAUCGUUUGAGAGAAAAGAUUUUCAGUUGCCCAUCAUGUUGCUGAAGCAGGUCCUCGUGACCGCGCUGCUCUCGUUGCGCUCCGUCACGGCUUUCCCGAACCCGAACAGCCUCCACGACCUGGAGGCCAGGGAUGCCGAAGACCUCGUUGCUCGCACCGGCAAUCACGACUGCGGCUCGUAUGCCACCUGGAACAACGGCAAGAAUUGCUGCGUCUGCAAGGACAAUGGCAAGAACUACGACUCCAAGACCAAGUCGUGCAACUGUCCCAGCGGCCUGACCUGGGACGGCCACAACUGCGUCCACGACUGCGGCAAGGAGGCCACCUGGCAGUACGGCAAGUGUGUCUGCAAGAACAAUGGCGAAAUCUUCAACCCCAAGGACAAGACAUGCAGCUGCCCGCCGGGUCAGUACUGGAACGGCCACAACUGCGCCGUGGACUGCGGAAAGGACGCUUCGUACGACUACAAGCAGAAGAAGUGCAUCUGCAAGAAGAAGGGCCAAGUGUUUGACUCCAAGCACAAGACCUGUGCUUGCCCCUACGGUCAGGUGUUCAACGGAAAGCAAUGUGUCUUUGACUGCGGACGGGACGCCCACUACGACAACUGGCAAAAGAAGUGUGUCUGCAACAAGAAGGGCGAGAUCUUUGAUUCGCACACAAAGACUUGUUCGUGCCCCAAGGGCCAAGUCUUUAACGGCAAGCAAUGCGUGUUUGACUGCGGCAAGGAAGCACACUACGAUUCUAAGCAAAGGAAGUGCAUCUGCAACAAGAAGGGCGAGAUCUUUGACUCUAACAAGAAGACUUGCUCUUGCCCGUACGGCCAGGUGUUCAACGGCAAGCAAUGCGUUGUCGACUGCGGGAAGGAGGCCCAUUUCGACUACAACCAGAAGAAGUGUGUCUGCAACAACAAGGGCGAAGUGUUCAACUCCCACACCAAGACCUGUGCGUGCCCUCCCGGCCAAGUCUGGAACGGCAAGCAAUGCGUCUUCGAUUGCGGCAAAGAAGCACACUACGACUACCACCAGAGGAAGUGCGUCUGCAACAACAACGGCGAGGUCUUUGAUUCGAACAAGAAGACCUGCAGCUGCCCUGGCGGACAGUACUGGAACGGCAAGAAAUGUGUUUGCCCGUACGGCAAGGUCUUUAACGGCAAGCAAUGCGUUGAGGACUGUGGCAAGGAGGCCCAUUUCGAUUACAACCAGAAGAAGUGCGUGUGCAACAAGAACGGCGAGGUCUUUGACUCUCACAAGAAGACGUGCAGCUGCCCUGACGGUCAGUACUUCAACGGAAAGCAAUGCGUCUGCCCGUACGGCAAGGUCUGGAACGGCAAGCAGUGCGUAGAGGACUGUGGCAAGGAGGCGCACUUUGACUACAACCAGAAGAAGUGUGUUUGCAACAACAAGGGAGAAAUUUUUGACUCUCGCAAGAAGACCUGCAGCUGUCCCAAUGGCCAAUACUUCAACGGCAAGCAGUGUGUCUGCCCAUACGGAAAGGUCUGGAACGGUAAGCAGUGCGUUGAGGAUUGCGGCAAGGAAGCCCACUUCGAUUACAACCAGAAGAAGUGCGUUUGCAACAACAAGGGCGAAAUCUUCAACGACAAGUCCAAGACCUGCAGCUGCCCCGACGGCCAGUUCUGGAACGGUAAGGAGUGCGCCUGUCCCUACGGCCAGAAGUUUGAUGGCAAGCACUGCGUCCAAGAUUGUGGCAAGGAAGCCCACUUCGACUUUAACCAGAAGAAGUGUGUUUGCAACAACAAGGGAGAGAUCUUCAACGACAAGACAAAGACGUGCAGCUGUCCUGACGGGCAGUUCUGGAAUGGAAAGGAGUGCGCCUGUCCCUACGGUCAGAAGUUUGACGGCAAGCACUGCGUCGAGGACUGCGGCAAGGACGCCCACUUUGACGUGAAUCAGAAGAAGUGCGUGUGCGACAAGAAGGGCGAAGUGUUCAACGACAAGACCAAGACGUGCAGCUGUCCGGAUGGCCAGUACUUUAACGGCAAGGAGUGCGCGUGCCCGUAUGGCCAGAUAUUCGACGGCAAGCACUGCGUGGAAAACUGCGGCAAGGACGCUCACUUUGACAGCCAGCAGAAGAAGUGCGUGUGCAACAAGAAGGGCCAGGUCUUUGACGACAAGACCAAGACGUGCAAGUGUCCCGGCAACCAGUACUGGGACGGCAACAAGUGCGCGUGCCCGUAUGGGUCGACUUGGGACAACGGCAAGCAGACGUGCAAGCAGAAUCUUCCUUGAUUGAUGGACUGCGAGGGACUUGAGAGUCUUUCUCUUUUGUAUAUCUAGUAUUCUUCUCUUCUAGUGUGAGAUGAUUUGAAUGAGAUGGUUUGAUGAAGAA